AUGUCUCUUGCUGAAUUUGAUGAAUUGAAAUGGGACCAUUCCGUGAAGAGAUUGGAUACCCCAUCGCAUUAUCUGUUAAGGAAAGCAAGAAAAACACCUCGUGGGUUAGAAGAAUUAAGAAAAUCUAUCGAUAGUGCUACCAUAUACGUUGGUAAUUUAUCAUUUUAUACUUCAGAGGAACAAAUCUAUGAAUUAUUUAGCAAAUGUGGUACAAUCAAAAGAAUUAUUAUGGGUUUAGAUAGAUUUAAGUUUACACCAUGUGGAUUUUGUUUUGUCAUCUAUGAAACGGUUCAAGAAGCACGUAAUGCAUUGAAAUAUCUAAGUGGUACAAAAUUAGAUGAAAAAGUUUUAACUAUUGAUAUGGAUCCUGGUUUUGAAGACGGUAGACAAUUUGGUAGAGGUAAAAGUGGUGGUCAAGUGAGUGAUGAAAUGAGAUUUGAAUUUGAUGCAGCUAGAGGUGGAUUUGGUAUUCCAUUAGAAGAAAGAAUUAGUUGGGGACAAUAUCCACAACAAAGGUUUUCCCGUCCACAAAAUCAUCAUUUCAAUAACCGUCAUCGUCCAAUUCGUCGUCCUGUAGGUAGUAGAUUUAAGAAUAGGCAUAUAUCAAAUAAUGCUGAUUAUAAUAAUAAUAUGAAUCAAUAUGUUAGCAAUAAUAAUAUUGAUACACAAAACACUAUAACAACCACACAGGAGCAAGAAGAAGAUAACUAUAUUCCACAAUGA